CUACUCAUGAAGGAGCUUGCUGCUAACCUGCUAACUGUUGCAAGCUAUUCCUAGCUAGCUAUUUCUGUAAAAUAGCGAUAACUAGCUAACAUUAGCUAGUCUGUUGGCUAAUUCAGUAGUUGAGGGUAUACUUUUCAGUUUGCAGGCGAAAUUAUUCCAUCAGAUUGAUAAUUCCAUUUUGCUUUAACCUUUGUUGUACCAUUGUAAUGCAUCGAGUACAUACACCAGCUAAGUUGGACAUGAGUCGAUGCAACACUGAAAACAGAUAAAAGUUCAUUGAUAUAUUCUAUGAUUUUAGGGGAAAACUGUCAACUAGCCACCUAUUUGAGUUAGCUCUAAAUUGUCGCCGCUAACUCUACGUAGCAAGGCGCUUUUUGACGGAGGGGUGGAUUGUUUGGUUUGUUUGUCAAGAUGGCGACACCCAGACAAGAGAGGCAUGAAAAUUGACUUGAGCUGAACACUGCAUCUUUGCAUGGAGAUGCAUCACUCAAGCCGUUUAAAACUCUGAAUGUGUGUUCCAGGGCAUGCAUACGAGUGUCAAUGGGCCAGUAUAUAUCAUACAGAGAAUAAUUCAGUCCGAUCCAUUCAAACUUAUAGUAGUCAGAGGAAAAUAAAUACCGCCCCUCCUAUCAACUCACUUAGCUGAAUGGCUAGCCUAGCUCUACUUCCAUUAGCUACGGGCUUCUGCUGAGUGGUUUGUUGUUAGCAAGCUACAAGAUGGCGGCACCCAUGGACUCGCACCGCUUUGCUCCUGGAGAUAUUUAAUAUAUAUCAGCAGCUACUGCAUGCCUUAAUCCAAGGAAUGCACUGAUUUUGCAUACUCUUGUGGAUUACUAGCAUUUAUACCUUUUAUUUCUGCUAUAUGCAAUUUUGGAACGUCAGUGGCAUAUUCAGCCGGUAUAGUUCUGUGAUGAAAAGCGUCGGCUGUUAAAAUGGCGGCUCCCAUGGAUUUUCUGCUAGCAUAUCUGGCUACCCUUUUCAAAAUAGCCGGUUAGCUUAGGAGAUGCAACUUCCAAAAGAAGAAUUUGCUUUUUGCUUUAUGUAAGAACCUGUGCUCGGCCAGGCCUUGUAUUUUACCAGGCUGUUUUAAUAUAACUUUGCCCGCAUUAGGUGUAGUUUUAUACCCAUUUCAUCAUAUGCUUUUAAUCCACUGGGUUAGCAUAUUUAGCAAGGUAGUCGAUAGCCUCUUAGCUGAAGAUAAGUUAGCCUAUUAGCAGUGGGCUGGAUCUAAACAUAUUUUGUGCAGUGAAAGUGUUGAAUGACUGAUUUCCUUACACGGCUUUCGAUUGGACUUCUCUUUCACUGAAAAAGCAAUGUCUACUGGCACCACAAUGUCCGGGACGUGUGGCACAGUUCUGCAGCCUCGAUGGAAGCGGGUGUUGGGUUGGUCUGGCCCAGUGCCUCGGCCUCGUCAUGGACACCGAGCGGUUGCAAUCAAGGAACUAAUGGUGGUAUUCGGCGGAGGCAACGAAGGGAUUGUGGACGAGCUGCACGUAUACAACACGGCCACAAAUCAGUGGUUUGUCCCUGCUGUCCGUGGAGAAAUCCCACCUGGAUGCGCCGCCUAUGGAUUCGUGUGUGAUGGCACCAGAUUGCUUGUCUUUGGGGGAAUGGUUGAAUAUGGGAAAUACAGCAAUGAUCUUUACGAACUUCAGGCAAGUCGAUGGGAGUGGAAACGUCUCAAACCAAAAGCACCUAAGAAUGGACCACCCCCUUGUCCCAGGCUGGGACACAGUUUUUCCCUUGUUGGAAAUAAAUGCUACUUGUUUGGAGGACUUGCCAAUGACAGUGAAGAUCCUAAAAACAAUAUUCCCAGAUACCUGAAUGACCUGUAUACUCUGGAGCUGCGCCCCGGCUCCAGUGUGCUUGGCUGGGACAUCCCCAUCACCUAUGGAGUGCUGCCCCCACCCAGAGAGAGCCACACAGCUGUGGUGUACACUGAGAAAACCUCAAAGAAGUCCCGCCUGGUCAUAUACGGGGGCAUGAGCGGCUGCCGCCUGGGAGACCUCUGGACCCUUGACAUAGAUACCCUCACGUGGAACAAGCCCAACAUAAGUGGAAUUGCCCCUCUGCCUCGCAGUCUCCACUCUGCCACUACAAUCACCAACAAGAUGUAUGUGUUUGGAGGAUGGGUGCCCUUGGUCAUGGAUGAUGUGAAGGUAGCCACACAUGAAAAGGAGUGGAAGUGCACCAACACACUGGCCUGUCUGAACUUGGACUCCAUGAACUGGGAGACCAUUCUGAUGGACACGCUGGAGGACAACAUCCCCAGAGCCCGGGCCGGCCACUGCUCGGUGGCCAUCAACCAGAGGCUGUACGUCUGGAGCGGACGAGACGGUUAUCGCAAGGCCUGGAACAACCAGGUCUGCUGCAAAGACCUCUGGUACCUGGAGACUGAGAAACCAGUGGCCCCGGCCCGUGUGCAGCUGGUGCGUGCCAACACCAACUCCCUGGAGGUGAGCUGGGGCGUGGUGCCCACCGCCGACACCUACCUGCUACAGCUGCAGAAGUAUGACAUCCCAGCUGCCACCACCGCCUCCUCCCCCGCCCUGGGGGUCACCCCCUCGCUGCCCGCCAGCUCCCCCAAGAGCCCCGUGCCUGCCGCGGCCGCCACCUCCCAGAACUUGCCGGGCAUCACACUGGUGCAGCAGGCAUCCCCCACUGCCGCCAUGCCCGGGAGCCCCUUGGCAGCCGCCUCGCCACGCGGCCCUGCUAUUCUGAAGGUCGCUGCUCCCCAUUCCACCACGGGAACGUCCAUCGUCACUGUGCGCCCUGCUGCUCAAGGGAAGUCCCCAGUAACUGUUACAUCACUUCCUGCCGGUGUGCGCAUGGUGGUUCCGGCCCAGAGCGCCCAAGGAACACCCAUUGGCAGCAGUCCCCAGAUGAGUGGCAUGGCUGCCCUGGCAGCUGCCGCCGCCGCCACCCAGAAGAUCCCGCCCUCCUCCUCACCCACCGUGCUUAACGUGCCCGCGGGCGCCACCAUCGUCAAGACCGUGGCCGUCACCCCAGGCUCCAUCACCAGCCCUGCAACCGUCAAGGUGGCAUCACCAGUCAUGGUGAGCAACCCGGCCACCCGCAUGCUGAAGACAGCUGCUGCCCAGGUGGGCACAUCCGCCAUCUCCACCCCUGGCACAGGCACUCGGCCCAUCAUCACCGUGCACAAGUCAGGCACCGUCACCGUGGCACAGCAGGCCCAGGUGGUCACCACCAUGGUCGGUGGCGUCACCAAGACCAUCACCCUGGUCAAGAGCCCCCUCUCUGUGGGUGGAGGUGGCACCCUGCUGUCCAGCCUGGGCAAGGUGGUUUCAGUGGUGCAGACCAAGCCAGUGCAGAGCUCAGCUAUCACUGGACAGGCUGGCUCUAACCCACUCACGCAGAUUAUUCAGACAAAGGGUCCUCUCCCCGCCGGCACCAUCUUGAAGCUGGUGACGUCUGCUGAUGGCAAGACCACCAACCUCAUCACCACGCAGGCGGGCGGCACGGGCACCAAGCCCACCAUCCUCAACAUCAGCAGCAUGUCCCCCACCAGCGGCUCCAAGCCUGGCACCACCAUCAUCAAGACCAUCCCCAUGUCCGCCAUCCAGGCCGGAGCCACAGGGGUGACGAGCACCUCAGGGAUCAAGUCACCCAUCACCAUCCUCACCACCAAGAUGAUGACCGCUGGCACACAGGGCAAGAUCAUCACCACCGUGCCCAAACUGGCAGCAGGUGCCGGCCAGCAAGGACUUACCCAGGUUGUUCUGAAAGGGGCACCUGGGCAGCCGGGCACCAUUCUGCGAACAGUGCCAAUGGGUGCAGGGGUUCGCCUGGUAACCCCUGGCUCUGUUGCUGGCGUCAAACCAACUGUUACCACACUUGUUGUCAAGGGCACUACAGGUGUGACCACUCUUGGCACUGUCACUGGCACAGUUUCGUCAACUCUCGCUGGCGGAGGCGUCGUCAGUACCAACGCUUCCCUGGUGACGUCCGCCACUACGCUGGGCACCAUAGCAACCCUGUCCAGCCAGGCGACCAACCCCUCCACCGUCACUGUGUCGCCUGCACAGACCAGCGCCUCCAUGCAGCCCACUCAGGUGACCCUGAUCACCACUCCCAGUGGAGCGGAGACCCAGCCCGUGCAGGACCUGCCUGUGUCCAUCCUGGCCUCGCCCACAUCAGAGCAGCCCUCCACCACCAGCUCUGAAGCCGCCGCCGCUGCCACCCCCGUAACAGUGUGCUCCAACCCGCCGUGCGAAACCCACGAAACGGGCACAACCAACACAGCGACUACCGCAUCUGCGAAUAUCGGAGCGCCACGCGUGUGUUCGAACCCGCCUUGUGAAACUCAUGAAACGGGCACUACCAACACCACCACCACGUCCUCCUCGAACAUUGGAGCUCCUCGCGUCUGCUCAAACCCGCCGUGCGAAACUCACGAGACGGGCACCACCAACACGGCCACCACAGCCAGCUCAAACAUGGCUCCAGGAGCGAACACCAGCACGACAAACACAACGGGUGCCACCCAGCGCGUGUGCUCAAACCCACCUUGCGAAACUCAUGAGACGGGCACCACCAACACGGCCACCACAGCCAGCUCAAACAUGGCCCCUGGAGCAAACACCAGCACGACAAACACAACAGGUGCCACCCAGCGAGUGUGCUCAAACCCGCCGUGCGAAACUCACGAGACGGGCACUACCAACACCCCGUCCACGGCCACGUCCAGCAUGGGUAACGGCACGGCCCAGCGUGUCUGCUCGAACCCACCCUGCGAAACGCACGAGACGGGCACCACCAACACGCCGUCCACGGCCACGGCCGGCACAGUACAGCGGGUCUGCUCCAACCCUCCGUGCGAAACCCAUGAGACCGGAACCACCAACACCGCCACCACAGCCACCAGCAACCAGGGUGCAGGCCAGCAGAGUGGCGAGGUGUCCCAGGGGGAGAGCUCCACUACUGAGGCUGCAUCGUCCUCCUCCCCGGCAGCAGACUCCACCAGCGUCACCACCCAAAGCAGAGCCAUCACCACGGUUACACAGUCCACACCCACACCCGGCCCAUCUGUCCCAGAGAUCUCCUCCAUGACGGCAGCAGCAUCGUCGGGCCAGGAGCCCAUGGAGCAGUCGGGCUCUGAGGCGGUCACCUCCACCGAUGAGCCCAUGCAGACUGAGGAGGCAGCAGGCGUGAGGGUGGUGGCCCUGGAUGAGGCCGGAGCAGCAGGGGCAGAUGCCAGCACCAUGCUGCAGGUCCAUGUGGCCAUGGAGGGACAGGGAGAACAGGCAGCUCAGGACUCCGGUGCCCUGGCGUUGCCACAGGAGCUGAUGUCUGAGGGCCAGCAGGCCACGCUGAUGGUGACGGGCCUGACCCCCGAGGAGCUGGCCGUGACGGCGGCAGCAGAGGCCGCAGCACAGGCAGCAGCCACCGAGGAGGCACAGGCCCUCGCCAUUCAGGCCGUGCUGCAGGCGGCAGGACUCAAUGAGGGUGAGCAGGCCCAUGACGGCCAGCAGGCCACCACCAUCCCCAUCGUGCUGACGCAGCAGGAGCUGGCCGCCCUCGUGCAGCAGCAGCAGCUCCAGGAGGCCCAUGCUCAGGCCGCCGCACAGCAGCAGCUCACCGCCGAGCAGGCUUCAGCCGCCGCCUCUCUGCCAACGGAAGGCCUGGCCCCCGCGGACAGCCUGAACGACCCCGCCUCCGAAAGCAACGGCCACGAGAUGGCCACGUCUGUCACGGGCGCCGUGGCCCAGCUACUCCCAACUCUCGCUCCCUCAAGCAGUUUUGCUGCAACCCAGCCCAUGGUGGUGGCAAGCCCUGCCAAGAUGCAGGCAGCCGCGGCCCUGGCAGAAGUGGCCAAUGGCAUUGAGUCAGCAGGGAAACAAGGUACUCCACCACCCAUCGCCCCUAAAGCCCCAGUGAAGAAGGAGAAUCAGUGGUUCGAUGUGGGAAUAGUCAAGGUGACAAACAUGGUUGUCACACACUACUACAUGCCGGCAGAUGACUCUGGUGUCGUAGAUGAUGACUCUGGCAACAUGCCGGACUAUAGCCAAAUGAAGAGGGUGGAGCUGUCCCCCGGCACCGCCUACAAGUUCCGCGUGGCUGGCAUCAACAACUGCGGCCGGGGCACCUUCUCCGAGGUGUCUGCCUUCAAAACCUGCCUGCCUGGCUUCCCUGGGGCACCGUGUGCCAUCAAAAUCAGCAAGAGCCCAGAUGGUGCACACCUGACGUGGGAGCCUCCUUCGGUGACCUCGGGGAAGAUCAUCGAGUACUCUGUGUACCUGGCCAUCCAGAGCUCGCAAACCACGGAGCCCAAGGCCUCGGCACCUGCCCAGCUGGCCUUCAUGCGCGUCUACUGCGGCGCCAACCCCUCCUGCCUGGUUCAGUCCUCCAGCCUGUCCAACGCCCACAUAGACUACACCACCAAGCCCGCCAUCAUCUUCCGCAUCGCCGCGCGCAAUGAGAAGGGCUACGGCCCUGCCACGCAAGUCAGGUGGCUGCAAGAGACUGGUAAAGACGGAUCUGCUGCGAAACCUGCCAUGAAGAGACCAGUCGGCUCACCCGACAUGAAAGGUGCUGGUCCCAAGAAGGCCAGAUCCGACCAGUGAGGGAGCAUGUAUCUCCCGAACUCACGGUCUCCCUCGCUCAUUGUGUCCAGGACCAUGACUGAACUGGUUUUCUUCUUGAAUCCCUGAAACCAACACGCAACCCAACACCAUCCACCCCCUAGCACCCACAACGGUGAAAUGUUAAAAAUAGAUAACAAAAAAAGAAUCAUAUUUGGUGUGGGAACAACCAUACCCCUUCUCCCUUUUCCAUCAUUGAAGAUCAUGGUGCCAUGGACACCUUAUCAAAAAACUGUAUUUUUAUUAAUUCAUUAUUAAUGUUACUUAAGUCAAGAAAAGAGUUAAAAGCACAUAUUUACUUUUUGCUUUUUUUCUUGGAAAUUUUGUGAUGAAAAUCAAAAAAACGCAGUGCUCUGUUGUAGUUUCAGCUGUAUAACUAGUUUGUCAUUUUUUUCUCUUCAUAUCCUUUUUUUCUUUUUUAGCUAAUUCAAGCAAUAGACAAAGGAGGAAGGAAAAAAAUAUCUGCUGUCAGUUCAUCUUUUAUUUUUGAACUAUUAGAUGUCUGUAUAUUUCAAUCGGGGGUGGUCUGGUGGUGUUGAAAUGGAAGAUUUCAAUGUGUUGGAGGUUGUGUAUACCAACAUGGCCUCAUCUGAGGAGUCCUAUCCAAAUGGAAAAACAAACAGCACUUGCAGAGAUGGUUCAUCAAGGCAGAGGAAGAUAAAAAAGACUUUCAUUUUAAAAAAGCGAAACUCUGUAAUUAUACAUGAAACCAGAGUCCUGUAGCCCUGUUCUAUCGCAUCACUGUGUGUUCAUACAUUUACUGAAUGGAACUGAUUUUAGAAGGACUGUACGAUUUCAUACUGAGGAUGAAAGGACUUUGAUUCAGAGAUGGAGAGGCUAAAGACUUUUGCAUUGCUUACACAGAGGAGGAAGCGAAGGAGGGUGUGGGGGAAGUGAUCUUGUAUAAAGAAAAUUGAAAAACGAAAAAAAUCCCAAAAAUUAGCAAGUGGUGAUGCAAAAGUUAUCUGUGUGGUUUAUUUUUGUAUUUUUCUUUUCUUUUUUAAAGAAGCUUCAUUAUUUUCUCUUGUGUAUGUGUGCUUCAGAGAAACAUUUUUAGAAGUCUCGAGCGUUGUGUUCCUCCCUUCUAAACUCCUGUUACCCUACCCAUUCCCAUAGUUUCCAUUCAUCUUCAAUAACCAUGUUCGACUUAAGAGCAUUUGAAAUAAAGUCUACCAGAUUUCUUUUGUAUAUGUUCUGGAAAGAAGAAACCAAUCAAAACAUGACUACACUGAACAGUACUAAUGUGUCAGCAGAAAAAAGUAUUUAGCUUUUUUUCUGUUUUGAUUACUUUUGAACUGUCUUGGAGUUUUGCAGAGGAAGAAUCAUAUGUACCCCUUCCGGGUGAUAUAAGUCGAUUUUUCAGACCCCCUUUCCGUGUCUGAGUGUUACAUGGAUGUUUUUUUUUCUCCCCUUUUCAACUUUAUUUUUGUCACCUUUCUAAGUAAAAUUGUAUUGCUUUUUUUUCUCCUGAAAAAAAUGUCUAACCAUUCAGUCUUUAGGUUGUUCGUGACUUUGCAUAUAAUGUUUUGGGAUGCAGGUCUGUGUAUUGUGACUGAGACGUUUCCCCAGAGUUUAAACUCGUAUGUCUUUUUGAAUGGAUUUGAGGAACAUGUUGUUUUUUUCUCAUUUGGACAUGAGUGAUGGAUGAUGGGCAUAGCCAGAGUUUGAGCUCCGUUGUAAAUUAGUUCAUUCACGUAGCAAGAGGUAAAAACAAAAACAAAAAAAAUGAAGAAAAAAAAAGACCUUGCCUUUUUUAUAUAAUUAUCUGUAACAAAAUGUUUUUACAUGUUGGUCAUCUAUUGAUUGCUUUUGUGUCUUGACAUAUAAAAGAAAUGGAAAUCUGUCUUAAUGUCCUUUAUGUGCUUCUUCACUUAGUAUGAAUUUGUAAAAUGCAAAGGCAGCUGAAAGCA